CUCUCUAUAAAUUCCCCACCGCUCCCUUGUCUUCCCCAUCUUCCAAUCCCAGAGCACACACCAGGCGCAGAGCUCCAAAGCUCAAACCUCUCCAUCCACGAAACGACGCCAAAUUCCACUGCAAAAUCCUACUACUACUACUAAAAAUCCAAGCAACCAUGAGCUUCUCGUCCAUGAGCAAGCAGCAGGCGCUGUGCGCCGGCGGCGAGGAGGAUGCUCGGGGCCGCGAGGACGAGACGAUGGAGCUCAUCCCGGGCCUGCCGGAGGAGGUGGCGGAGAAGUGCCUCCUCCACCUGCCCUUCCUCUACCACCGCCUCUUCCGCACCGUCUCCUCCAACUGGAACCGCUUCCUCACCGCCGACACGCCGGCCGCCAAGCCGUCCACUCCGCCGCUGACAACGGUGUCUCUGUCCCUGCCGUUCCUCUUCGCGUUCGCGUUCGACCCCGUCUCGCGGCGCCUCCAGUGCCAGGCGCUGGACCCGUUCUCGCGGCGGUGGCUGCUGCUCCCGCCCGUGCCCGCCCCCCGCGGCGGCGGGGGCGGGGGCGUCGCCGCCGGGUCCUUCGCCGUCGUCGCGCUCCCGGCCCGAGGCGAGAUCUACGUGAUCGGGGGAGUCGAGGAGGACGGCGGCGAGAAGCCGGUGCGGAGCGUGGCGGUGUACAGCGCGGCGACCAACGGGUGGGGUGCGGCCGCGGCGAUGCGGACCGCGCGCGGGUACAUGUCGGCCGGCGAGGUGGGCGGGCGCGUGGUGGUCGCCGGCGAGGACGGCGACGCGGAGGUCCUCGACCCAGACACCGGCCGGUGGUCCCCGGCCGCGGUCCGCGCCGGGGCGGCGGUCGCGCGGUACGACUCCGCGGCGUGCGGCGGGCGGCUGUACGUGACGGAGGGCUGGGCGUGGCCGUUCGAGCGCGCGCCCCGCGGGGCGGUGUACGAGGCGGCGACCGACUCGUGGGCGGAUAUGGCCCGCGGGAUGCGGGAGGGGUGGACGGGCUCCUGCGCCGUGUCCGGCGGCCGGAUGUACAUCGUGGCCGAGUACGGCGAGUGGCGGCUGAAGCGGUACGACUGCGCGCGGGACGAGUGGCGGAUGGUGGGCGGCGGCGGGGUGCCGGCCGAGGUGCGCCGGCCGCACGCCGUCGCCGGGGAGGUGGGUGAGGUUGGUGGAGGGCGGCGGAGAAUUUACGUGGUUGGUGCUGGCCUCGACGUCGCCGUCGGGACCGUCUCCAGCGGCGGCGGCUGCGGGGAGGAGGAGGAGGAGCGGGUGGAGUGGGAGGUGGUCAAGGGCCCAGCGGAGUUCGUCGGGCUCGCGCCGUGCAACGCGCAGGUCCUCUACGCCUGAGCUCUCGCCGCCGGUGAGGCACCGAAUCCUGGACCCCGCACGUCGGUGGCGCGUCGCCUCCGCACGUGGACCCGCCUGUCAUGAGCGAGCAGUAACGCCUCUCACUGCUGACGCAGACUAGCUAGCUAGCUAGCUGAGCCGGGCGCACGGGCGGCAGAGGCUGCUGGCACGAAACAACCAUUGUGCCAGAGUCUUGAGCAGAUCGAGGGGCACAAGGGUCAUUUCCACCAUUUGUUCUUCUUCCAUCCAGGCUCGUCGUCAGAGCAGAGCAGAGCAUUGCAGAGAAGGAAGCGUGUGUGUAAAACAAAGAUGAUUACACCUAGCUAAGCUAGUAGUGCAAGUGUGGCGCUGCCACUAGACUUUAUUCCACCACUUUACUACGGACGAUCUUUUCCCCGCGUACGUGUACAUGGUAU